AUGCUUGUCCCUGCUGUGCUUGCUUGGGCAGUGCCACUACUAGUCAGAUCUGUGGAUGCCUUCUGCCUGUCAGUGACUCGGUCCUCUUCGACGGUCAUUCUUCAACAAGAUAUCGCAACCGAACCGUCUACUACUACUAUAAAAGAAGGCCCUCGACCAUUGGAUCAGAAUUGGUGGCCCGUCACUCUGUCCAGCGCUCUCGACCCCACAAGACCGAAUCCGAUUGAACUGCUGGACAAGAAAUUGGUGCUGUAUGAGAGCAGCCCAGGACAAUGGUCAUGCCUCGAGGACCAGUGUGCCCAUCGCUUUGCGCCACUAAGCGAGGGUCGUGUGGUCCAUGAUAGUAAUGGCGACAACAAAAAGUGUCUUCAAUGCGCCUACCAUGGUUGGGAAUACAAUGGCCACGGAAGUUGCACUCGAAUUCCACAACUCGAAGAAACCAGCAGCCCAAAAAAGCAAGAACAGCUACUGCAAGCAUGUGGUGUUGCCAAGUACCCUGUCCAAGAAGCCGCCGGCAUGAUUUGGGUGUGGGCCGAUCCCACCACCACUUGCUCCAACGAUUCGCUCCCCAUUUCAUCCUUGCUCCAACGAUUCCAUCAAGUCGGUGGCACCGCACGAGGAUUCAUGCGAGAUUUGCCGUAUGGAUUUGAAUAUUUGGGAGAAAAUUUAGUGGAUGCCAGUCAUUUGCCCUUUUCGCAUCAUUCCGUCGGAGCACUGAAUCGCAACGAUGGACGACCGGUGCCCCUCCACAUGUUGAGUCAUUCCGAACGCGUAGAGCUAAGUCACAAGUUGGAUAAUGGGCAGGACCAGCUGCCGCUCUUUCAAGCACGCGUGGAAAAUGCUGCCCAACACGAUCCCGAAAUUGUCGCCGCACUCAAAAAUCCCAUCGUGGCCAAUCAAUCCGACCCAGCAUUGGCCAUGAGUCAUAUAGGCUUUUUCGAGCCUUGUAAUGUCCGGUAUCAUCGAAAUGCGGGUAUCCCUGGGAACUCGUACGAGAUUCAAUUGUUCAUGUGUCCGACGGGGGCGGGAAAGAGUCGCGUCUUUUUGUUUACGCCCUUUGAGGCGCAGCUUCCACCACUCGUUAUGGAAAAGUCCUCCAAGACAACAAAUACUACUACUGACAACAAAGACGACAACAACACCAAAAAGAAGGUCGAACCGUCUCCCAGAAUGGCACGCACGGUCGGCAAACUCUUUGGUCGAACCAGAAAGAAAGCACCCGCCUUUCCGGCAUACGUGGGGCACAUGAUUGCCCACAGUAUUUUUGAUGGAGACGGCAUUUUCCUCAACAAGCAGGGUGAUCGCAUGCGACGAUCGGCAUUGACAUACAAAGAUUAUCACACUCCUACAUCGUCCGACAUUAUGGUCAAUGCCUUUCGACGAUGGCUCGAUCGAGCGGCAACUGUCACAACUUCUCCCCAACUGGCAUUGGCCGCCACGGGCCAGGGGGCAGUCUACUUGGACGAUCGUUCGCGAGCCGACAUGUUGGACCGAUACACGAGUCAUACCGCCCAUUGCAGCAUUUGUCGUGACGCCUUGAACGAGUUGCAAAACAAAAAGGAAACAACAAAUCUUGCGAUUUCCGCACUGGUGGGGGCGGCUGGAGCCUCCGGCGUCUUGACAGUGUCGGCAGCUAUUGUGGGGAUUCUUACCAAAUGGACGGCGUCGUCGUCGUCGUCCAGAAUGGCACUCGUUGCCAUGAUUUCGUGUGCCACUGCCACAGUUGGAUCUAUUUGGGGCGCCAGAAAGUCCCUGCAAGAAAGAGAAAAGACGGAAAAGGAGAUUCGACGCUUCUACUUUGAAGAUUACGUGCACGCCGAAAAGGAUUGA